AUGCCUGAGGCUGCGAGUCACCGGAAGUACGAAGCGCCUCGGCACGGUUCGUCCACCUUUUUCGCCCUCGACCUUCGAGAUACGGGUUUUCGCUCCCUUGCCUACCUGCCCCGCAAGCGCGCUGCCAGACACCGUGGAAGGGUCAAGAGCUUCCCCAAGGAUGACCCCAAGAAGCCCGUCCACCUGACGGCCUCCAUGGGCUACAAGGCCGGUAUGACCACUGUUGUCCGUGACCUUGACCGUCCCGGUGCCAAGAUGCACAAGAAGGAGGUUGUCGAGGCUGCCACCGUCAUUGAGACUCCUCCUCUCAUCGCUGUCGGUGUUGUCGGUUACAUCGAGACUCCCCGUGGUCUCCGCUCUCUCGCCACCGUCUGGGCUGAGCACCUGAGCGACGAGGUCAAGCGUCGCUUCUACAAGAACUGGUACAAGAGCAAGAAGAAGGCUUUCACCAAGUACGCCAAGAAGCACUCCGAGGAGAACGGUGCCUCCAUCACCCGCGACCUCGAGCGCAUCAAGAAGUACUGCACUGUCGUCCGUGUCCUCGCCCACACCCAAAUCCGCAAGACUCCCCUCAAGCAGAAGAAGGCCCACCUUAUGGAGAUCCAGGUCAACGGUGGCUCCGUUGCCGACAAGGUUGACUUCGCCCGCAACCUCUUCGAGAAGCCCAUCGAGAUCGACUCCAUCUUCGAGCAGGACGAGAUGAUUGAUGUCAUUGCCGUCACCAAGGGUCACGGUUUCCAGGGUGUCACCAGCCGUUGGGGCACCAAGAAGCUUCCUCGCAAGACUCACAAGGGUCUCCGCAAGGUUGCCUGUAUCGGUGCCUGGCACCCUAGCCACGUCCAGUGGACCGUUGCCCGUGCCGGUCAGAUGGGUUACCACCACCGUACCUCUUGCAACCACAAGGUCUUCCGCAUUGGCAAGGGCUCCGACGAGGCCAACGCCUCCACCGAGUUCGAUGUCUCCAAGAAGCAGAUCACUCCUCUUGGUGGCUUCGUUCGCUACGGUGAGGUCAAGAACGACUUCGUCAUGGUCAAGGGUUCCAUCCCUGGUGUUAAGAAGCGUGUCAUGACCCUCCGCAAGACCCUCUACCCCCAGACCAGCCGAAGGGCCACCGAGAAGAUCGAUCUCAAGUGGAUCGACACUUCCUCCAAGUUCGGUCACGGUGCUUUCCAGACCCCCGAGGAGAAGCGCGCUUUCAUGGGUACCCUCAAGAAGGACCUCGUUACUUCUGCUUAA